AAGAAAGAAAAUCAUCUUAAUUCACCAAAAUGGUUAAUUUAUCCAUGCAUAUAUCUCUUCCAAUUCCUCACAAGCCAGCCCACACCACCUUCCACGGCGGAGCUACAACUACGUUGUAUACCCGGCCGAGGAGCUCCUCCACCCGUUGCAAUGCUAUGCCUUCCGCUCAGACGACGACUGUCCCAGUCCCUACUCGACGAUCUGCAAACUACAAACCUUCCUUUUGGGAUUUCAACUAUAUUCAGUCGCUCACCACCCAAUAUACGGAAGAGAGACAUUCGAAGCGAGUUGCUGAGCUGAUUGCGCGAGCGAAGAUGUUGUUGCUGCACCAAGAAAUGGAAGGUGAUCGACGACUGGAGUUGAUUGAUGAUCUGCAGAGGCUCGCUAUAUCUCAUCACUUCGAACAAGAAAUCACUCAAAUCUUGAGUUCUAUUUAUCAUGACGAUACAACGGAAAGGGAUUUGUACUCAACAUCUCUUCAAUUCAGACUACUUAGAGAGCAUGGUUUUCGAGUUUCUCAAGAUGUGUUUGAUUGUUUCAAGAAUGAGAAUGGCGAUUUCAAAACGAGCCUUUGUGAUGAUAAGAGAGGAAUGUUGCAAUUGUAUGAAGCUUCUUUCCUACUUACACAUGGGGAAGAAACCUUGGAGUUGGCCAAUGUAUUUGCCACCAAACAUCUGCAGAAAAUUGGUGAUGAAGGAGAUGAUGAUCAUAAUCUUUUAGAAAUGGUUCGAUAUGCUCUGGAUCUCCCAAUCCAUUGGAGAACUCAAAGGCCGAAUGCAAGAUGGUUUAUUGAAGCCUAUGGGAGAAGAUCCGAAAUGAAUCCAACAAUUCUUGAGCUGGCAAAGUUGGAAUUCAACAUUACUCAAUCAAUGCAUCAACAAGAACUCAAACUCAUCUCCAGAUGGUGGAAGCAAACAAGACUAAGUGAAAAGCUACCAUUUGCAAGAGAUAGAAUAGUGGAGUGUUAUUUGUGGACUUUAGUUGGUGGACUCUCACAACCUCAAUAUGGAUAUUCAAGGAUCAUGGCCACCAAAGCAAACAUCUUAAUUACACUAAUCGAUGAUAUAUUCGAUGUCUAUGCUACCUUGGAUGAACUACACCUCUUCAAUGAUGUUAUUCACAGAUGGGAUCUAGAAGCAGUGAAUCAACUCCCCAACUAUAUGCAAAUUUGCUUUCUCACACUCAACAACUUCAUAAAUGAGAUGGCAUGCGAUGUUCUCAAAGAACAAGACAUUCUCAUCAUUAAAUAUUUGAGAAAAUCAUGGCAAGAUUUAUGCAAAUCAUUCAUGCAAGAGGCUCAGUGGCACGCGCAAGGAUACACACCAACACUAGAUAAAUAUAUCAACAACGGAUGGAUUUCGAGCUCAGUGCCUGUGAUAUUGUCACACGCAUUCUUUCUCGUCACAACUCCAAUACAGAAAACCACUGUCGAUAGUUUGUACCAAUAUCACGACUUAGUUCGAUGUCCAGCAGUGAUUUUGAGACUUGCAAAUGACCUUGCAACAUCACCGAAUGAGAUGGAAAGAGGUGAUGUGGCAGAAUCGAUUCAAUGCUACAUGAAGGAAUCGGGAGCUUCAGUUGAAGAGGCUCGUGAACACGCAAGAUUUUUAAUAUGGAAUAGCUGGAAAAGGAUGAAUGAAGAAAGAGUUGGAGAUUCUCAUUUUUCGAAAGAAUUCAUAAAAAAGGCUGUUGAUCUUGGUAGAAUGGCACAAUACAUGUACCAACUUGGAGACGGCCAUGGAAUUCAGAACACUCAUAUUAAGGAGCGAAUUUCGAGUUUGUUCUUUAAAUCUAUUGUUUAGAAGUCGAACAUGUUUGAUUUUUUAAAAGCCAUUCCAAUAUGUAUUCAAGUAAAAUUACACAAAUGUAUCUGUUCAUAUCGUUGGUUCUACAAAAAGGUUUCAAUUUGAGUAUUUUUUGUUUA